AUGGCGAGGCGCGCUUUCAUUUGGUGCCUCUAUUUGAUAGCUUUGUUUUUUCUGUGGAAGAAUGAAUUGGCCUCCUGUUCGGUGAACAACCAGGGGAAGGAGAACUACCUGAACAGAACGAUCAACAUUUUAAACGCCGGAAAGAAUGUGGCCAAGCGAUACGGGCACAGCCAGCUGAAGCCCGUGCACAUCCUCAGCGCCCUCGCCAAGAGCGACUACGGAUCCAACCUGCUGAAGGAGAACAGCGUCAAUGCGAGCAACCUGAAGGAAUACAUAGACACUGCGCUGGAGCAGACCCGGGCCGGAGCGCCGCUCGACAACAAGAGCAAAAUCGCCUACUCGGACGAGGUGAAGGAGGUGCUGGCCGAGGCGGAGGCGCUGGCGAGCAAGUACAAAAGCCAGAAGGUGGAUGUGGAGCACCUGCUGAGCGGUCUGAUGAACGACGAGCUGGUGAACGAGAUUAUGAAUGAAGUGUACCUGACGGAGGAAGCCGUGAAAGGGAUUAUGAAGAGCAAAUUUGAAAAAACAAAAAAGGAUAAGGACGGAAAGUCAGGAGGGUUAUACUUAGAGCAGUUCGGUUCGAAUCUAAAUGAGAAGGUGCGAAAUGGAAAGUUACAAGGCAUUUACGGAAGAGAUGAGGAGAUCCGAGCGGUGAUAGAGUCCCUCUUAAGGUAUAACAAGAACAGCCCCGUUCUGGUUGGUCAACCAGGUACCGGUAAAACGACCAUUGUGGAGGGGCUAGUCUACAGAAUUGAAAAGGGAGACGUGCCAAAGGAGCUUAGAGGAUACACAGUCAUUAGUUUAAACUUUAGGAAGUUCACCUCGGGUACUUCCUACAGAGGAGAGUUCGAAACGAGAAUGAAAAAUAUCAUUAAGGAGUUGAAAAAUAAAAAAAAUAAAAUCAUCAUCUUCGUUGACGAAAUACAUCUGCUGUUGGGAGCGGGAAAAGCCGAGGGAGGAACGGACGCUGCCAAUUUGUUGAAGCCGGUCCUCUCUAAGGGAGAAAUCAAACUCAUUGGAGCCACCACCAUAGCGGAGUAUAGGAAGUUUAUUGAGAGCUGCUCCGCCUUCGAAAGAAGAUUCGAAAAAAUUCUAGUGGAGCCCCCCUCCGUGGAAAACACCAUCAAGAUAUUAAGAUCGCUCAAAAGCAAAUACGAAAAUUUCUAUGGCAUACAUAUUACCGACAAAGCGCUGGUCGCAGCUGCGAAGGUGUCCGACAGGUUUAUAAAGGACCGUUUCCUGCCCGAUAAGGCAAUCGAUUUGUUAAAUAAAGCGUGCUCUUUCCUGCAAGUGCAACUCUCUGGGAAGCCACGUAUCAUCGAUGUGACCGAGAGAGAGAUCGAACGACUGGCCUACGAAAUUAGCACCCUGGAGAUGGACGUAGAUAAAGUGUCCAAACGGAAAUACAACAAUUUAAUAAAAGAGUUUGAAAAUAAAAAGGAGCUACUGAAGAAGUACUACGAGGAGUAUGUCAUCUCUGGGGAGAGACUCAAGAGGAAGAAAGAAACAGAAAAGAGACUAAACGAAUUGAAAGAGUUGGCACAAAAUUAUAUUAUUGCGAAUAAGGAACCACCUAUAGAAUUGCAAAAUAGUUUGAAGGAAGCUCAGGAAAAAUACAUGGACGUUUAUAAAGAAACGCUAGCUUAUGUAGAAGCCAAAACGCAUAACGCUAUGAAUGUAGAUGCAGUUUAUCAGGAGCAUGUCUCUUACAUUUAUUUGAGAGACUCCGGUAUGCCACUCGGUUCUCUUUCUUUCGAAUCAUCCAAAGGGGCACUCAAACUGUAUAACAGUCUCUCCAAAUCGAUCAUCGGAAAUGAGGACAUCAUCAAAUCUCUUAGUGAUGCAGUUGUGAAAGCGGCAACUGGUAUGAAAGAUCCAGAGAAGCCCAUUGGAACGUUCUUAUUCUUGGGACCCACUGGUGUAGGUAAAACGGAGCUAGCCAAAACGUUGGCAAUUGAACUUUUCAGCUCGAAGGAUAACCUCAUUAGGGUGAAUAUGUCCGAAUUUACCGAAGCGCAUUCAGUGUCUAAGAUAACGGGUAGCCCUCCAGGAUACGUAGGAUUUAGCGAUUCUGGUCAGUUAACCGAAGCAGUGAGAGAGAGACCCCACUCCGUUGUUCUUUUCGACGAGUUAGAGAAGGCCCACCCAGAUGUCUUCAAAGUGUUGCUCCAAAUUUUAGGAGAUGGUUAUAUCAACGACAAUCACAGAAGAAACAUCGAUUUCUCAAACACCAUCAUUAUUAUGACAUCCAAUCUUGGUGCAGAGCUUUUUAAAAAGAAAUUAUUUUUCGAUGCGAAUAACUCGGAUACCCCAGAAUACAAAAGAGUGUUUGACGAUUUAAGAAUACAGCUCAUUAAGAAAUGUAAAAAAGUUUUUAAGCCAGAGUUUGUUAACAGAAUAGAUAAAAUUGGUGUUUUCGAACCGCUCAGCAAGAAGAACCUACGUGAAAUCGUCAAGUUGAGGUUUAAAAAGCUAGAGAAACGUUUAGAGGAAAAGAACAUCCACGUGUCCGUUUCGGAAAAGGCAGUGGACUACAUCAUCGACCAGUCCUACGACCCCGAGCUGGGGGCCAGGCCAACUCUCAUCUUCAUCGAAAGUGUCAUCAUGACCAAAUUCGCCAUCAUGUAUUUGAAGAAGGAGUUGGUCGACGACAUGGACGUCCACGUGGACUUCAACAAGGCCGCCAACAAUUUGGUCAUCAACCUGUCCACGGUGUGA